AUGGCGCAUAGCUCUAUCGUUACAGGCCUGCCGGCUACGGCUAGUAAUGCGCCCGAAAGAACACCAAAACUCAUGAACCGAGACGAUGUCGAAGCUCUGAUUGCGGAAGGCAGGCAUAUUACCAUCUUUCAUAACCAGGUAAUCAAGAUGGAUGCUUGGAUGCCAUACCACCCAGGUGGUGACAAAGCUAUGCUUCACCUGGUUGGAAAAGACGCCUCAGACGAGAUAGAUGCUCUUCAUUGUUACGAAACCCGCCAGCAUGUACUGCGUUAUCGUAUCGGCCGAGUCGAGGGUAUCUGGGAAAACCUGUUACCUCCCAUCCAAGGCGGUGUCUAUCGUACACGCAAAGAGAUCGAACAAGCCAAUGCUGAGGGGGAAUCGAAUAAAGACCACGAUUCAAGUGCGCCGUCAACACGGGUCCCAUCACCGGUUUUCGACGAGGAAGUUACAGAGGGCGUCCGGCAACGAAAGGACGACAAGAAGAAGAAUGGAGCUCGAGCGCCGUCAGUAUCCUCUGCCUCCAGUGUCGACGAAACCGACACGGACGGCAUGUCCUACCUAGACACAAUCACCCACGAACAUAUCCGUCUCGAUCUCGAGAAAUACCCUCCUCCUGAUAAGGAGACACAAGCCAGAGUUGCUUCAAAAUACCGUGAGCUCCAUCAGAAGGUUUACGACACAGGGCUUUAUAACUGCAACUAUAAAGCCUAUGGAAUCGAGAUUCUCCGAUAUACUGCGUUGGGUGUUGGUUCGGCAGUCUGUCUGCGUUAUGAGUGGUACGCCCUGAGCGCUUUCCUCCUGGGCGCUCUUUGGCAUCAGCUCUCGUUCACCGUCCAUGAUGCUGGCCAUAUGGGUAUCACCCAUAACUAUCUUGUCGAUUCUUGCAUUGGAGCCCUGAUUGCCGACUUUAUGGGAGGUCUGUCGAUAGGGUGGUGGAAGCGAAAUCACAAUGUGCACCACGUUAUCACCAACGCCCCGGAACAUGACCCUGAUAUCGAACACAUGCCUCUCUUCGCUGUUUCCCACCGCCUUCUUGGAAGUUUGAGAUCGACAUACUACGAGAGAGUUAUGUCCUACGAUGCGGUAGCCAAGGUUCUGCUUAGGAUUCAGGCCUGGACCUACUAUCCGCUGCUUGCCCUUGCCCGUUUCAACCUCUACCGUCUCUCUUGGGAUUUCCUUCUCAUGGGUCGAGGUCCAAAGAAGGGCCCUGGACUGGCUAUUUGGUGGCUCGAGAUUAUCGGACAAGUUUUCUUCUGGACGUGGUUCGGUUAUGGCCUUGUCUACAAUAUGCUCCCUGACAACUGGACUCGAUUCUACUUUGUCAUGAUCAGCAACAUUACGGCAUCGCCCCUCCACGUUCAGAUUGUGCUAUCUCACUUCGCUAUGAGCACGGUCGAACUGGGCCCUCAGGAGUCUUUUCCCCAGAGACAGCUUCGAACGACAAUGGAUAUUGACUGCCCCGAGUGGCUUGAUUUCUUCCAUGGUGGUCUGCAAUUCCAGGUCAUCCACCAUCUCUUCCCUCGUGUGCCCCGCCAUAACCUGCGUGCUACACAAAAGCUCGUCCAGGACUUCUGCAACGAAGUCAACAUUCCCUAUGCGCUGUACGGAUUCGCCAACGGCAACCAGCAAGUUAUUGGAAGGCUGGCCGAGGUAUCCCGACAGGCGGCGAUUCUUGCCAAGUGUCAACAAUCUAUGCAGAACGGAGAUCUUGCUCAUCACUAG